AUGGGAUGCACUGCUCCCGGUGGUGCUAAAACCCCGAGUGGGACGGGGCGGGGUCCCCGGCCAAGCGCCCCCCGGCUGGCCCCUCCGCGGAGGGAGGUCGAGGACCCAGGGAGUCGGAUGUCCUGCUCCGCCCGGGGCGCGGGUGAGCUCAGAGCGCAGCAGGUCGCUGGCCUCGCCGUGGGUUCAAGUGCGUUAUCGGGGCUGGGCCACGCGGGCCCGGGAGCGAACUUCUCCCCUGCACAGUCUCCUCUUCGGAGUGCUGGGUGCCCUGCCGCUCCUGGGACCCCCUUCCCUGGCCCUAACCGGCGCGCCUGGCUCCGGGGCGCUGCUGAAGCGCGCGGGCUAGGCGAACACCGGCCCUCUUCGAGCCCGGGGAGAAGCUGCCCAUCGUCCCGCUUCUGUCCGCCCCCGACCCACGCCGGAGAGGCUCCCCCAAGCCCGUCGCGGAGGCUCUGCCUGGGAAGAAGUCCUACUUCCUCUCCACGCUGCUCCGAGGGGAAUUUGGAAUCGGCAGGAAAUUGCUCAGACACCCAGCCUACGCCUUUGCGGUCGGCCCUCGCUUUGCUGAAGAGAAGCUGCUCCUACCAGAGUCCUGCUUCCCCCUCCCCCCGAAAGCCCCGCGCAGCCACUGCCUGCAGAGAGCAAUCGUGAAUGUGGUGGGGUCAGUGUCGCCUUUGAAAAUGAGUGGCAAAUUGAAGUUCAUCUGUCUGUCAGAAAAAACUAUUUUCAUAAAUAUUAAAACAACAUCACAACUAUUAUUUUUAACUCUCCCCAGGUAGAUGCAUGAUUGCUGUGAGUAAUUUGCAUUUGUGCUUUC